GUGUGUAAUUGUCUUGCUCUCCAACGCUUAGCGAAGGCGCUUAUGGUUUCCGGAAUAGUAAAGCACUCUAUAAACAGGAUACAACGGAGCGCUUGGGAGUAGAGUCUGAUUGAAAAAUGCGGAAUAUACAUGCAUGCGUUAUAUUAUGCUGCGUGGUUCUGCUUUGCCAGAACACGCAGUCAGCCAUUGACGACGUAUUUAGACGAUUAGAUAAAGCGACUGCAGAAGCAACAAUGCAGCGAAAAAACACUGGUAAAAUGACAAGACAACAAGCUUACACUAGAAGUUGGUACAAGUACAAAAUGAAAGGUUACAGAAAAACGCUCGUUAAAAUACAGCACGGCAUGAUCCUGGAGAGGGACACGUAUGAUCGAGUUUUCAGCAAAAGCAAUAAUUCUGAAGAGACAUUUAAUUCAAGUCUCGCACAAAGCUUUGAUAGGAAGAAAUAUAAACGCGGCGAUGAUUACCAUUACCGUAAUAUUUCGGAUUCUGUCUUCCGAAGAAAAAGAUAUGCUGCGACGGAAGAUAAACGCUGGCCUAAUGACAUUAUAAAUUACCUGAUAGACAAAGAGUUUAGUAAGAUAAUUAGUUUAGAUUGA